UACCGACGACAGCUUUGAUUACCUAGUACCUACGAAUAAUUUCUAUUUUCAUAAGAUUUUAAAAAAGAAUACCUGAGGGCGAGAAUCCAUUUGCGAUACUAGCGUAUUUUAUUUUUGUAAUCGUUUAAUGUUUGUAAGUUCAAUUCAUAGCUUACGAGCAUAGCAUAUGUAGUGCAAUGUUAUUAUUGUUUAACUAGAAGAGUAUUUGGAAGAUCGCUCAUUGUGUUGUGAUUUGUGAUGCUAAGUAAGAGUUUUUAAAAAUAAAAUCAGCAUAAUGGGGAGGAGAGAAGAUCCAGCAUGGAUGAAAGGGACUGUUGGCCUUUCUAUGGCAAGAGAGCGAGGAGACAUUGAUCGGAAAUUCCAGAGACGCCUUAUGGUGACACAAAGUAUGAUUGAAAGGCUUGGGUUGGAAAAGGAGCUUCAUGGUCAUGUGGGUUGCGUAAAUUGCUUAGAAUGGAACAAAGACGGAUCUGUAUUGGCGUCAGCAUCGGAUGAUCUGCACGUAAUUCUCUGGGACCCGUUUCGACAUAAACAAUUGCACAACAUUACCACAGGACAUACAGGAAAUAUAUUUUCUGUUAAGUUUUUAUCGUCUGAUAUUAUCGCAACGUGUGCCGCUGACGCGUUGGUCCGGGCCCGAAAUAUUUUUGGAGGAACUUCGCUCCUAGAAUGUUCAUGCCACAGUGGCCGAGUCAAGAGGUUGGCAGUGGCACCUGACAAGCCACAUCUGCUGUGGUCUGCGGGAGAGGAUGGAUUGAUACUUCAACAUGAUCUCCGCUUGCCACACCGUUGCAACUCCGAUUGCGACAACGUUCUGGUCAACCUGCUGAACCACAUGGGGAGGCAGGCAGAGGCGAAGUGCGUGGCGGUCAACCCCAGGAGGUCGUACCAGCUGGCUGUCGGCGCCAACGACUUCUACGUGAGGCUCUACGACACGAGGAUGAUCAAGCUGUCCAAACCUGCUGAGCUGCAGAUGAACGCGCCGAUGACGCGUCUGAUGUGGGAGCGACAGAACGUGCGGUGCUCGCGAGCCGGCCAUGGCGACCCUGACGGGAACAUCCCAAACAGUGCCGUGCAGUACUACGCGCCCGGUCACUUGUCUCUGGAAUCCGGCGAGUUCGUAUUCCCAAAGAAAGUGGUGACUUACGUGGCAUUCAACCACGACGGUAACGAGCUGCUGGUCAACUUGGGGACGGAGCAGGUGUACAUAUAUGAUAUAAACUCGGCCCCGCGGCCCGUGCUCGUCGCGAACUACAUUUUGCAGCACAACGCCAUGAAGGCCGGAAACAAGGACAAGGAGAAGAAAAAUGGCACUAAUGGAACCACCAGCAAUGGUACCGUCAGCAACGGCAUCAGUGUUGUAGAUCAAAUCUUGCCGGAUAGAGUGAUGCUGUUGAAACAAAGGGCGAACGAGUUAGUGCACCGGAGCGAAUACUCGGGCGCCGUACAGUUGUAUAACGCGGCAAUAGCGGAGCGGCCAGACUGCGCCAUUCUGUACUCAAACCGAGCCGCCGCGCUCACGAGACGAGGCUGGAUCGGAGAUAUUUAUGCCGCGAUACGAGACUGCUACACAGCGAUCAAAUUGGACCCGAAUCACGUGAAGUCCCACUUCCGGUUAGCAAAGGGCCUGAUGGAUCUCAAGAGGCCCCGCGAAGCACAGGAGUGUCUCACGUACUUCAAGGAUAAGUUCCCGAAGCACGCCACCAGUCACGCGGUGUUUCUGCUGCAGAAGGACAUCACUGUCGCCUUGGACGUCCCGAGUAAUAGUCCAGAGGAAGCGAGGUCCGGGGAGGUCGUCACUUAUUUUUAUGGUGUACCCGAAGAAGAGCGACAAAAUAGCGAACUUGAGAGGCAACUCCGAAGUGCCGCGCUGGAUUACAAGUACCGGUUUCUGGGGCACUGCAACACCACCACAGACAUCAAGGAGGCUAACUUUCUGGGCCCAGAUGGCAACUUUUUAGCUGCUGGUUCAGACGAUGGCAGCUUGUUCAUCUGGUCAAAGAAGUCUGGCAACAUUGUGCGUUGUCUGAAGGCGGAUGAGUCAAUACUGAACUGCGUCCAGCUCCACCCCAGCACCUUCCUGCUGGCGACCAGCGGCAUCGAGGCCGUCGUGCGUUUGUGGAGUCCAAGAGCUGAGGACGGCAACAAGGAGAGCCGCGAGGUGAACAGUGCGGAGGCGGCGGCUGCCAACCAGCAGCGCAUGCGCAGUGACCCCUUCGAGGCUAUGUUGCUCAACAUAUCGUUUGCGGGCGGCGCCGAGCGGGAGCUGCAGUCGCCAGUCUGCCGGCCCACGUAACGUGCUCUUGUUUAUAAGGUAAAACACAAUUCGCGAGUCAAAUGUAAAUACUAAUAGUCGUAAAGGCGGAUUGCCUUAUAUAUUGUAUACCCGUCUCGUAAACCUGCGUUAGUUGUGUAUUUUUUCCCUCUCCGGAGUGCCAAUGGCGUCACUUUGUUGAGGAGGCUUAGUUUGUGUGACCGUAAAAGUUUACGAUAAAGUAUUCGUGUAUUGGAACUAUUUAUAAUAUCUCUGAUGCAUGUUUUUAAACGCUGCACCUUUGAGUGUAGGUCAAUGUCUGUAAUUGUAAAGAAUAUUGGGAUCUAUAACACCAGUUUCGAGUCCAUUCUAAGACUGACUGUGCAAGUACCAUCGAAAAAAUUGACUCAUGACUCACUUAGCUUGACAAUUCUUUGAAAAUCAUAAAAACAGUAAGUUUUAUAUUUGCAUGAAAAAUAUAGUAUAGCAAUUGGUGGACUAUCAGUAUCUAAUAAUCAGUUCAAAUUAUCAUGUAUACUAAUACAUGACGUCGACAGAUCACAUUAUUAAUUUAAUAUCAUAUUUUUGGAAUCUAUAAUUAAAAAUUGAUGUCUUUUUUCGUCAAUAGCGGCAAACGUAAGCAAUAAAAUGUUUGAACCAUUAAAUUUGACAUAAAAUUAGUAUCUAUCUAUCGAGGAUCGAACCCAAACAGCGCCCUUGUUUCUUGAACAUAUACAACAACCUGUCUUGUGUUAUUAAUAAACGCGAUGUAAAAUUAUUACAAAAAAAUUGUUAACUUUUUCUGUGUCUUACAAAGAAGUCACAGAUGUGUUGAACACUUGUUUUAAAAAGUUCUAUUACAAAUCUAUGUUUUUCUGAUGUUCAACAUUCUUUAGACAUUCCUUAUAUUUAGACACGAGUCAAAAGCUUGUCUAAGGUGUGUCUAACGAAUAGAUCAUACUCCUAUGGAUGACUUACAUUAUAUGAUGACAGAUAGAUGACAGCUGUCAAAAAUUGCGUUCCGUUCCUUUAAUAAUUAUUCCUGUACGCUUCAGUUUAUUUUGUGCUUAACAACGUUUGAGUUAAACACAAGCUACACACUGUUUUGUAAUAGAACAAGAUAAACUCCACUUAAGACGUCGUUAGAUAACUGACGUUGUUAUAGUUUGGUCACUGUCCCACAAAACACGUGUCUAAGCCAUGUUUUAAUUACUUUUAUUGUAAUAGCACCGUUUGUCUUUAUCUUACCUUUGUCACUAUAUAAUUAUAUGACAGGGAGAAGUAAUUUUAAUCUUGUUGUAACUUUACACUUCGUUUAUUAAUAAGACAGGUCGAGUUUAAUAGUCAUUUAUGCAACUGUUGUGUAAUAAGGGGUGUUAAAACACGAAUAUGGGUGUGAUAAUUGUAUCACAUGAGUGUUUUAAUACCUAAUUAUCAACAGUUGCAUACAAGCACCCAUAAUAUGAAUCCUCUUUAAAAGAUUCUGAAACAGUUAGCUUACUGCUAACAUUAAAAUAGCCAGUUCUAGUAACUAUUAAAUCAUCCAAACCAGUGUUGUAAUGAAAACGGAUGAUGUAAUGUUGUAUUGAAUUUCAUUACAACACUCGUUUGGAUGAUGUAAUGGUUACUAGGACAUUGGGUGUUUUAAUGUUGGCAAUAAGUUGACUGUUUUAGAAUCUUUAAUAGAGGAUUUAAAGCAUAAAUAUUAAGUAGAUAAAGUACUUUAUGACUGAUAAGCUGAAGAUGGAGCCCCGCGCGCUCUUAAUUCGAAGGAGGCUGUGAUUUGUCACACACCAGACUACGAGAUAACUAAACUAGGUUUAGGAAACGAUAUAUUAUAUUAUGAUAUAAUUUAUUAUUUGUUGAAUCUUUAAUAUUAAGAUGAUUAUUAUUGUGUAAAUAUAUAUUAAAGGACUGCAAGACGGACGCCGGAUAUUGUUUACUGUAAUGCCAUGUCCAUAUACAGCGAACGAAAGCUGGCGAAAGGUCACACAUCUCUUUUACUCUACCUCGACACAAAGAGUCUUUCUCAUUCAUUUAGUGAAUUUCUUUCGUCGUCGUUCGUUUUAUCUGGACCCGGCCUAAUAAGUACGUACGGACACCGACGCAUUGUUAUAGCUACUUAUUUUAUCUGUUUAAGUUGUGCAGUCAGUACAAUUGCCAUAUUAUGUUUAUCACUAUUUAAUUGAAGGAAAAGGAAAUGAUAUCAUUUUCACUUUUCAAGAAGCUUCGAGUGUUAAGAUUGGGAUGUUGGCACAGUACCAUCAAUCACAAAGUCCAAUAUUGGUCUAAGUAAGUAUAUAAAAUAGGAAUAUUUAUAAUAUAAUACUAGCUCUAUCCCUAUGUUAUACUAGCUCUAUCCCUAUAUUAUACUAGUCUACCUUUCCAAAAAAUUCUGGGCUAAUUUGAAGAUUGCCUAAAAAUGUUAUCAAAAUCCGUCGAUUCACACAUGAGCACAUAUUUAUGUACUUCAUUGUUAGUACGCCCAAGAUAUAUAGAUAAUAAAUUCGAAAAUACACUCAGUAAAUUUUGCCAAAGCAAGCCAACUGUACAAAAUACAGUGAUACCAGGCAAUUCUUCUGAGGCAUGGACUUGUAUCCCGUGCCACUAAUUAAAAAAAAAAAGAAACUGCACUAGCGAACUUAUUAUCAACGUUAAUAAUAUGGAGGCAAGGAGAAUCAUCUGUGUAUAUUAAAAAAUGUCCGUUAAAAUGCGUUAAAUUAGGGUGGCGCUACAGUCGCAUCAGGGUAGAUCUUAAAAGAAGCGGCAAAUAUAAAAUAAUACUAAUCACUCUAGAUGCACGUUUCUCUAUAAUAAUUCUGUAAGGUUAUAUUUACUUCAUUAUUUUGUACAACGUAAGUUGUUGAAAUUAUCAAUGAUAUUAAAGUUUUAACUCGGCAUACUUCAUACCAUACCCUGUGCCCACACCAGCGCCAUUGUGGAAAGUUUUUGAACUGUUAUUUACAGCAUAAGCUGAACACUUUUUCAUCUUUACUCCCAUAUGAGAUUAUUCUCCUUCCCUCUGUUCUCAAUAGUUGAUAAUUAUAUUUGAGACUCCUGUCAACGUCAGUCCCCGUGAAAUGUGCUGAAAAGAUAACAAAUUUUAAUCAGCCGUCGGGUUAAAUAAAUAGUCUAAAUUUAUAAAUUAGAAAAAAAUAGGUAUAUAAACUAUGUUGAUGAAGACAUUAUAAUUAUGAGGGUACUUAUUAAUAUUCUUUUGAAGACCGUAUAAAUGUUGCAUUUUAAUAAAAAAAAAAAUGCAUAAAUGUUAAUUUACUUAUUCUAUUGUAGCUUUUGUGAAAUAUACCCUAUAACUUAGCCAGUGUCAGGUGGAGGUGCCAAGUAAUGGACGUUGGUUGCCCUCCCUCAGACUGACAUUGACUAAAUUUGGUAACAUUUUUAUUACUUAUUAUAAUUAUAUCAGAUUAGUUGCUAAUAAGACGUUUGUUAACUGAAUCUAUUUGAAAUAUAUUGGUUUAAUUUGAACAUUCACAAACUGAACAUUCACUAGGAUAUAGUUUAGGUUCCUAUAAUAUUGUUAUAGUAAUGGUGCAAAAUAAUUAUCAUUAUUAGAGUGUGAUUUAAGGUUUUAUUUUGUUAUUGUAAUCCUAUAAAGGUAUAAUUUAUAAGCACAUAAGUGCUUGUAAUAAAGCUUUUUAACUAA